GAGGAGGAACUUGCUGGUUGUGGGAAAUUAAACAGCACAGUGUAUUUACCACCCUCUCAGAGGCCUCAGCUCAGCAGCGGGAGGAGGUGGCGUUUGAACGGAGGAUGAGGAUGUGUUCAAGCAGGCAGCUGAUUUCAUAGCAGGAAGUACAUGGGAGGUUGUUGGGAUUAAAGUCCCACUCGGGAGGUGCUGAAGCUUUCCUGUGGAAGUACUAUUGAGGACAAAAAGAGCCUAUGUCCACAGCUGUAUCUCGUCAACAGCAGGAGAAUGUGGAGGAAGAGGAAGAGCAAGGGGAGAAAUUUAAGUUUGAACAUAAUGUGGAGGUUGGCCAACAAAAGGCCAUAGCUGCAUCCAAAGAAAAUGAGAUUACGGCAGACUCAGUCAAACACAUUGAAUUUCAGACACAUUCAAGCAAAUUGGAUGCAACUCUGGAAAAAGAUACAGAUUUAUCUCAAGGCAUCAUGUCUGGUUCCCCUGCUGGCCAAGAGUGUACCAGUACUCUCAGUGCAGGUGAGCCAUCAACCAACAUUAAGAGAGAUCAAGCCUCCACAGACUUGGCUGCAUCACCAAAAGACUUAAACGAAGAGGAAGGUCAGACAGCGAAUUGCACUGAGGUGAAGACAGAGAAGCAAACAUGCACUGUUGAACCUAGUAUUGGAACUGAGGAAAACAGACACAGCCCAGUGCAAAAUGCUGAAGGUGAGGGCUCUGCUGAGUCGGAACGCCAGACGGCUAGUGAGGAGGUGAUCUAUGACGACGUCCCCUGUGAAGAUCUGUCUCCAGGAGAAGCUGACUUGAUCUAUGAGGACGUUCAGAGAGAAGGGGGGCUGCAAGGGCCCAAUAACGACUGGAGCUCAAGUGAGUUUGAAAGCUAUGAUGAGCAGUCCGACUCUGAGAGGGCACCAACCCGCAGCAAGCUCUCCCCUGAUGUGCGAAGACUGAGAGAAUGUUACACCAGGACCAAACAGGAGCUAGCCAUGAGACUGGGGGGCAGACAUCAGGUCCAUCAGCUGAUGCGUGCGGCACGUAGCGGAACGAAAGAUGGCCUGGAGAAGACCAAAUCUGCCGUCAUGAGAAAGGUCUCAUUUCUACAUAAAAAGGACCACUCAGAAGACAUUGAGGAUGAUACAGGGUAUUUGGAUGUCAUGGUAUCAGAGGCAAAACACCCACCUGCACAAAUGGGACCAAUGCCAGAUGGACUUAGUAGCCAACAGAUUGUCCGACGCCAUAUUCUGGGCUCAAUUGUGCAGAGUGAGAGGAGUUACCUGGACUCUCUAAAACGGAUUCUACAGGAAUACCAGCGACCUUUGAUGGAGGCGGAGCCUCGGAUCCUCAGCAUCAGGAAAAUACGGCCUAUUUUCUUCCGUCUGUGGGAAAUCAUGCAGUGCCACUCGAUGUUCCAGAUUGCCCUGGCAUCCCGGGUGGCCGAAUGGGAUACAAGUGAAAAAAUCGGGGACCUCUUUGUAGCUUCAUUCUCCAAGUCCAUGGUGCUGGACGUAUAUAGUGAGUACGUCAAUAACUUUACCAAUGCCAUGGCCCUGAUUAAGAAAGCCUGUAUGUCUAAGCCAGCAUUUCUGGAGUUCCUCAAGAAAAAGCAGGCGUCCAGCAUUGAUCGCAUAACACUCUAUGGUCUGAUGGUGAAGCCUAUUCAGCGUUUUCCUCAGUUCAUCCUUCUUCUGCAGGACAUGCUGAAGAACACUCCCACUGGCCAUGUGGACAGGCUACCCUUGCAGCUCGCUCUGACUGAAUUGGAGACCCUUGCUGAGAAACUGAAUGAGCAGAAAAGGGUGGCUGAUCAAAUCACCGAGACGCAGCAGCUGGCUCGCUGUGUCAGUGACCGCUCUCUCAGCAAGUUGCUGAACUCUGAGCAGGGCUCUUUGAUCCUGUGCGAGACGUUGAUUGAGACGGUAUACGGCGAGCGAGGACAGGUCCUCAAGUCUAAGGAGCGGAAAGUCUUUCUCUUCAGUGACAUGCUCAUUUGUGCCAACAUCAACGUCAAGGGCCCCCCUGACAUUAGCAGUCUGGUGCCGGUGGGGCCCAAGUACACCAUGAAGUGGAGUGCCCCCCUGCAGCAGGUCCAGGUAGUUGAGGUGGGCCAAGAGGGCUCCCAACGCAAGGACAUGCUCUAUCAGCUUGGAGGCAUUAAGCGUCCGGGUGGCUCUUCGGGAGCAGGAAAUAUCAUUCUGGGUCCACCCCGUCUGUAUCAGGAACUGCAGGAGUUGCAGCAUGACCUGUCAGUGGUGGAACAGGUCACCCUGCUGGUGGGGACUUUACAGGGAACUUACCAGAAUCUAAACACCACGGUAGCACAGGACUGGUGUUUAGCUCUGCAAAGGCUCAUUCGCAUCAAAGAAGACCAAAUUCAGAGUGCCAACAAGUGCCGUUUGCGAUUGCAAGUCCCUGACAGACCAGACAAGUCUGGGCGUCCUGUUAGUUUUACGGUGGUCUUCAACACUCCAAGCCCCCUCAGCAAGAUCUCCUGGGUCAACCGGUUCCACCUGGCCAAGAUAGCAUUAAGGGAGGAGAACACACCAGGUUGGCUCUCUGCAGAGGAUGAUGGGAAAACAAGGGCUCCAUUACGGUGUCCACUCCUGGCGUGUCGCAUGCCUGUCUUCACCUCCAAAGCCCCUGAAUGGAAGCUGGAGGCUGCUCUUCAUAAUCCCGUCCAGUGUGCUUUACUUGGUGUCUCGGCGGCAAGCACUUCGCUUCCACAAGGCUAUCUCUGGGUAGCCAGUGGAGGUGAUUGCACUCAAGGCCAGGUGGACAUCUUCUCCCUGAACAGACCCACACCUCGGCCCGUAAAAACGAUCCAGAUGGGAGCUCAAGUGCGGUGUCUGGAAUACGUGCCUGAGCCCAUCCCUUCAGAGGAUGCUGAAACCAGUCCGUACAACCCCACUGGAUUUGGAAACACUAUCUGUGCCGGUCUCGAUGAUGGCAGCAUCCUGGUCUAUGGCAGUAUGGACACGGCUGCCCAGUGUCUCUUGACUCUCCCUAACCCCAAAGGCUGUCCAGUUCUGUGUCUCAAACACUCUGGGAACUUCCUGUUUUCUGGCUUGCGGGACGGAACACUGAUGGUAUACGAAAGACAUCGUGGAGGGGAACUGUGGAACCCAGACUCUUGCAGAAAACUAACAAUUGGUCCAGAUCCUCUGAGGACGUUACUUGCCUUAGAAAACUCUGUCUGGGCAAGCUGUGCUAACACAGUUACUGUAGUUGUCAUCUCAAGCUUGUCCACUCAGAGAUUUGAGGUCCAUCAGGACCCAAUGAUGAGCGUGGCCCACAUGGUGCGAGCUGGAGGGGGCGUAUGGAUGGCAUUCUCAGAAGGUUCCUCUAUACGCCUGUUCCAUACUGAAACCCUGGAGCACCUGCAGGAGAUCAACAUUUCCACACCAUCCUCCUUUUACAACCCCAGUCAAAAGAGCAUGAGAGUUACCAGCCUGCUGAUCUCCCAGGGACUGCUGUGGGUGGGCACUGCCCAGGGCAUUAUCAUCACCCUGCCUGUGCCCAAGCUGGAGGGCAUCCCCAAAAUUACAGGUAAGGGGAUGACGUCACUUAAUGCACACUGUGGACCUGUGGAUUUCUUAGUUGCCCUGUCCAGCACUCUGUCUCCUGAUCUCUUAAAGCGAGACUCUGUGGUGGAAGGGCAUGAUUCGGCCUGUGGCGUGGAGGACCAUAGUGACUCUUCUUCUCAGGAAUCUCUGCAGCAGCCCAGUAUUUCCGUCCAUGGGGAUGGCAAAGGGAAGGGACGGGGAGUGUUGCUACAAUACCGCCUCCGCUCCACCACAGGGUUACCUGGGCAACCAUUAACUGCACGAGGAGGCGAAGCCUCAGACUCCUCUUUAGAAUCUUUGGAACACAGCAUGGAGGACGGCUCUAUUUACGAACUCAGCGACGACCCGGACAUGUGGGUCAAGGGGCGGCCCUGUGAGCGGGAGGGGGCGAGAAGGGACAGGGUUACCUCAGUAGCAGUUAUCUCGGGGGGGAAGGGCUUUCGACGACUGAGGGAAGGCUCGAUGGGGGCCAUUACAGAAAGCACCCUUAUGAUCUGGCAGCUUCCACUUACGGUUUGAGCUGGAAUAAUGUUAGGGUUGGGCAAAAUUCAGAAUUAAGUUCUUGAGUUGGAAUUUGCACAGGAUGUUGAAAGGGAAUGACAGGAAGAGAAACCACUGAAUUGCUAUUCAAAGAAAUUCAGCAGUCAUACAACAUUUUUUGCGGCGAAAUUAUUUAACCAAUUAUGCCCAUUUAUUAUGGAGAGCCAAAUUUCUCACAACAACAUCAUUAAAUAAAUAUUUAAAUAAAUCAAUAAAUACAUCAUGAAAUUGCUAAUAUAUAUAUAUAUAUAUAUAUAUAUAUAUAUAUAUAUAUAUAUAAAAAAUAAAAUAAAAAACAUUAUAACAUUGAUAAUGAAAUUAAUAUGUAAUUAGCCACUGGCUGGUAAAUGUUCAGAUUUCACUCACCAGUAAUUCAGUAGUAUAAUUGCAAAGAAGUUCAGCACCGAGAUCCUUUCACUGCAUGUUGAGAGUAAAAGUUGGAGUUUGGUUAAUUCUAUGUAAUGUGUGUCCAAAGACAAGAUCCACACAAUCCAUUUGUCAUUGAAUAGUGACUCUCUUAUUAUUCUCUGUGUUCUAUACAGUCAGUUUUUGAUCAAAAACAACAAAAAACAAACAUUUAAUUGUAAUCAUGCAUAGCACGAAUGCUGUAAAGAACCAUUAAUGUGGUUAAUGUGCACAACCAAAACACUUCUGUGAGACGCUCGCUGAACUGCCACUAUUCUUAAAGAGACAGUACUGUUUUAGCAUGUGUUCUAUAGUACAAAUUAAUGUAAAUACUAAUAAAUAUUACAGAUUAUGCUUGUAAACAACAAACAUGCUCUCAUGUUUUUUUUUUAAGAUUUAAGUAUUUUAUUUUUGUAACAGAAUUCAACAAAUAAUGUAUUUGAGUAAUCUUUAACAAAAUAAAAUAAAUAAACUAAAAUAUAUACAUUUUUAUUCAUGUAAUUUUGUUAAAAUUUACACAAUUCAAUUUGAUGGAAUUUUGUUAUGAAAUUGAAGUAAGUAAAUCUUAAAAUAUUUUGAGUGUGUAACAAAUAUAUAUGCAAUUUCAAGACAUUCAAUUUAUUUAUGGAAUACAUGGAAUUUGUUCAUUUUUAAAAAGCUAAGAUGUGACCAAAAUUAAGAAAAACUGAUGAUAAAUGUAAAAUUAAUAUCUUCAUAAUGCAUUAGCUGAGAGAAAAUGUCUUCAAAAUUGGCAUUAAAACUUCAGUGUACUCAUACUGUAUAAAUCAGGUAUGAAUCUAAUCGAAAUCAGAAUCAAAUCGAGAGCUUGUGAUUUAGAAUCAGGUAUAAAUAAAAAUCAGAAUCAAAUCAAGAGCUUGCGAAUCAGAAUCGACUCAAAUUGGGAAAUCUGUAUCAAUACACAGCCCUGCUCAAAGUUCUGUCCAUUUUUUAUUCAUUUAAUGGUUUAAUUCUGAGUAAUUCAGCCCUCUAUAAUUUAUUCACUGAUAUGUAGAUUUAUUUUUUUUUAUUUUUUAUAUGAUUUAUGAUUAGAUAUUUCUCUAGUUAAGUUUUCGCAAAACAAUUAACAUCAAAACAGAUUCUAAUUUGCCAUACAGCACCACUAAAUGUCAACAACAUUUCAGUUAAAAAUAAAUGUUGACAUUAAAAUUUUGGAUAAUUUAGAGCAAGUUUUCUUUGCCCACAGUCCAUAAAAUGAAAGGUAAUUUAUUUAAUAUAAUAAAAUUGAUUUGUAUAAAUUAAAAACAAAAUUAUGGAAGUGGCAUUUAAAAUAUUGAUUAAUAAUAUCAGCUAAUCUCUCUGGCAGCACCCCAUAUUUUGCAUGUACAAUAACAUGUUAACAGGUAAAUCAUACUGGAAAAUGAAAAGUAUUUGUAAAGACUACAUUCACAGAAAUUUCUUUGAAUGUCAUUCCAUUUCAUUUCUACUUCCUUAAAGUUACAAUUAUGCAUCCUGUUUGCUACCUCAGUUCAAAUUCAGGAAUUGAUUUGGAAUUUAAAAUGUAUUCUGUAUUCAAUUCUAAAUGGUGCACAACCCUGGUUAACUGGCCAUGUGUGGUACAAAAUGUGAGGCUCAGGACUCCUCAGUUAUUUUAUUUUAUUUUUUUCCUCAGAAGAGGAAUAUCUCCUUUAAUAUGAGUUGUGUGUUAAUGUUGGGAUCUCAAGAAAUCAAGGUCCUCCAGUCAUCAGAAUGCAAACGAUGAGAAUAUUCUGUGGCCAAAAUGCUUCCAGUGAUAAACCCACCUUUAAUUCUGCUGCAUCCUCUAUAUUACAUGUACCUGUACCAGGACAGUGUUUCCUACCAGUCGAGAAUCCUUAUCCAUGUGUUUAACGUCUCAGACAGCAGACUUCACCGUAAUCAGGGGCUAAACUAUUCAAACAAAAUGUUUCCUUAAGGGCCCGAGUCAGGUCAAACUUAAGUGAAUAAAUUACUUUCGAAUUUACUACGUCACAGAGCUGCUGAGAGGUCUUUUUAUUCCCCGGUGUCAAAGAAAUCAAAUCAGUGGAAAGUGAAAAGCAAAGUGAAAGGGAUUUCCACGCAUCUGUGCAGUCGCUCAGAGAUUUCUCUCACCCCUGAACUCUUGAUAAUGUGAACACACAAUUCUGUGUUGAAAAUCAAGUCUGUGCAGGUCAGUGCGCUGUGUGUGUUAAAAGCUUGUUUAAAGAUUUCAAAAUGCUUGACAGGGCCCAAAUUUCUAUGAUGGAGUAAAGCCCAAUUAAAGCUCUUUUUAGUGGACACAUUUUUUCUUUAUAAACAUGAACUGAAUUGUUUUCACCAUAUGGCAGUCAUUUGAAGUGUCUGCUUAAGUCACUAUUACUUAACAGGCAGAUUCAUCAGCAUCUGGUACUGUAGGGGAAAGAGACAAGCACCACUAAUUGCAGAAAAGUUGUGGAUCUUGUUGUUCAUUUGGUCUCAUUGAAGAGGUAUUCACUGCUGAUAUGUGUGUAAUAUUGAAAUUCCAACUGCAAUCUACUAUUGCUUUUCCAGAAUGGAUUAACUUACAUUACUGAUUUGCUGUUUGUUAACAGCUUUGAAGGCAGUGCUAAAUAUCAGAAAUUGAAAUCCAGGUAUAGCUACUGAUUGAGAAAUAGCUACUGAAUAAUAUAGUUAAGUGUUUUAGUUUUCCACCCCUCAACGCUGUUGUCUUUAUCUGUUUUUCACACCAUGCAACAUUAUGAAUAUACAAAAUGUAUAAUUUGCCCUGGUACUACAAACUUUUGUUUGCAUUAUAAAAGAUACUGUAUAAAACAUUUAUGAAGGCCAUAAUAUCCCACUUAAUUUAACAACUGUAGUUGUCAUUGUUUGAAUAUGAAAUUGUAAGAUGUAAAUGAAUUCAGUUUAACACGAAUAAUAAAAAUGUAGCAUUAUCUAUCUAUACAAAGUAACCAUUUGAAGUUUCAAUUUAUGCCCAGAAUGCACUGAUUAUUUUAGAUUUUCUUUUUGUGUGUGCGCUAAUAAAACACAAUUUGUUAAUUCACUGUUACUAGAAUAAAUACAUUUUAAGUCUA